GAGCAUCUGGGAAACAGCGCCUGCCCUCCCCAACCAACCUUUCUUCUUGCGGGGGUGCAGGUUCCUCUAAUCCGCACGCCCCCUAAAUUCACAUUUAAAAUACAAACCAAUAAUCCCUUGCACUCGUUCGGGGAACAAGUUGUCGAUUUCUCUUCCAUUCCCCCCCCCCCUGCAAAACCCUCUUCAGUGUUAGCUUUCAGGUGGGCAUCUGCCCCCAAUCUGUCCUGGAGCAGGGGGUCCCAAGAUCUGCCUCCUUUCCUGGGCCAAAGAGGAGAAAAGUUGCACGCUCAGACCCGCCUCCAUCCCACCCCCACGCCUUGCAUUUCCACCCUUAGCGCCCCCACCAAAAGAGAGAGAGGGAGAAAAGCAAGCAGGAGUGAAGUGAAAGGAGGGCGUGCGUAUAUGCGUAUGUGUGGUGGAGGAGGAGGAGGAAGAGAGAUGUUGGUGUCUCCUUCUCCCUGGAAACGCUGGAGGGACUGAGGCGAAAGUGAAGCAGCAGGAGUGAAAGUUUCCUUGCUGGAGCCUGGGCUGAGUGGCGAGUGAUGCUCUUGGAGCAGCAACGGCGGCGGGCUGUGCUGGUGCCGCAUUGUGUUUGCUGAGGCUCCUCCUGGGCGGUGGGGGCUCAGUAGCGUCCUACGAGGAGGAGGAGGAGGAAGCAGCAAGAGCAGCAGCUGAGCAGCCUCUACUCGCCCACCUCCACCAGUGCAUUCUUUUAAGACGAGAAGAGGGUGUUUGUUGCCUGCUUGCUCUCUUCUACCUCUCUCCUCUCUGGCCUCAGUGCAAUGUGAAGCUUGCACACAACCCUGGUUUGUCAAAGACUGGAGCUCCAACCUAGUACAUGCAUCCGAUAAUCAUCUUCUCCUACAAAAUGGAUUUUAGCCAGAACAAUCUGUUUGGUUAUAUAGAAGAUCUGCAGGAACUAACUAUUAUUGAAAGGCCAGUACGCAGGAGUCUAAAGACACCAGAAGAAAUAGAGAGAUUGACAGUUGAUGAAGAACUCAAUGAUAUUGAAAGGGCUGUAUAUCUACUCAGUUCUGGUCAGGAUAUCCAAGGAACGAGCGUGGUUGCAAGUCUUCCAGUUCUGAUGCGACAGAAUCCUGCAGAGACGCUAAGGAGAGUCCUGCCAAAAGUUAGAGAGGUCCUGCCUGUUGCAGGGGUGGAAAUGCAGUUAACAGCUGCUAUUUCACUUUUGACUAUUCUACAAGAGGAGUCAAUAUCCAUCCAUACUUACUCCCACUCCUUCCUACACAUCAUUCUACAGAAUCUGGAGCACAGAGAUGCAGGUGUCAGUAAUGCAUGGCUGGAAACCCUUCUUGCUGCAAUAGAAGCUUUGCCAAAAGAAACCAUCAGACAUGAGAUCCUGAAUCCUCUUGUUUCCAAGGCACAGCUUUCCCAAACACUUCAGUCUCGCUUGGUUAGUUGUAAAAUCUUGGGGAAAUUAGCUAACAAGUUUGAAGCUCAUAUAAUUAAAAGAGAAAUUCUUCCGCUGGUAAAAUCACUCUGCCAGGAUGUAGAAUAUGAAGUUCGUUCCUGCAUGUGUCGGCAACUGGAGCUUAUAGCUCAAGGAAUAGGGACUGAGCUAACCAAAAAUGUAGUGCUUCCUGAGCUGGUAGAAUUAGCGAGGGAUGAAGGCAGCAGUGUACGUCUUGCAGCUUUUGAGACCUUGGUUAAUCUGCUGGAAAUGUUUGAUGCAGAUGAUAGAAGUCAAACAGUCCUCCCAUUAGUGAAAUCCUUCUGUGAAAAAUCGUUCAAAGCAGAUGAAUCUAUUCUGGUUUCACUAUCUUUCCAUUUAGGGAAGCUUUGUAAUGGACUAUAUGGGAUUUUUACACCAGAGCAGCAUUUGCGAUUUUUGGAAUUCUACAAGAAGCUUUGCACACUGGGAUUAGAGCAGGAAAAUGGACACAAUGACAACCAGGUGCAACUCCAAACCCUAGAACAGGAAAAGAAGUACAUCUCAGUGAGGAAGAACUGUGCUUACAAUUUACCAGCCAUGAUGGUUUUCGUGGAUCCCAAAAAUUUCAAUUUGGAACUGUACUCAACAUUCUUCUGUCUAUGUCAUGACCCUGAAGUCCUAGUCAGGCACACGAUGGCUAUUGGCUUCUAUGAAGUUGCUAAGCUUUUAAAUACUGAUGUGUAUGUAAUACAUAAAGAACUGGUAGCCCUAUUACAGGAUGAGUCAUUAGAGGUGUUAGAUGCAUUAAUAGGCUACCUUCCUGAAAUUCUUGAACUAUUUUCUACUGGAGGAGAAAGCAUUGGAACAGAGAGCAAGUUAUUGAAUUUCCCAGAGUUGAUCCCAGCGCUAACAAGAGCGGAGCAGAGAGCAGCAACCUCUUUGAAAUGGAGGACUCAUGAGAAGCUACUACAAAAAUAUGCCUGCCUGCCUCAUGUCAUCUCAAGUGAUCAAAUUUAUUAUCGCUUUUUGCAUAGAAUGUUGAGCAUCAUUAUGACAAACAACGUUUUACCUGUCCAAAAAGCAGCUGCUCGAACCCUGUGUGUAUAUUUACGUUACAAUCGCAAGCAAGAACAGAGGCAUGAAGUCAUCCAGAAACUGAUUGAGCAGUUGGGCCAAGGAAAAAGCUACUGGAACAGAUUGCGUUUUUUAGAUACAUGUGAAUUCAUCAUAGAACUCUUUUCCAAAUCAUUUUUCUGUGAAUACUUCUUUCUCCCAGUGCUUGAGCUUACACAUGAUCCAGUUGCAAACGUGAGAAUGAAGCUUUGUUAUUUAUUGCCAAAAGUGAAGUCUACUCUCAAGGUUCCCACAGAUAAGCAUUUACUGCAGCAGCUAGAACUGUGUGUAAGAAAACUUCUGUGUGAGGAGAAAGACAAAGAUGUUCUGAGCAUUGUUAAAAAAAUGGUGCUGGAACUGGACAGAAUGGAAACCUCUUUGGAUGCUUUUCAGAAGAGGUUUUAUGAAAAUGAUCUAUUGGACCAGCAAAAAGAAAGAGAGGAGCACCUACUUUUGGAAAUGGAACAAUUAGAAAAAGAGAAACAGCAAAAUGAGGGCAGGUCUACCAGUAUGAGCGAUAAAAUGUAUGAAAAGAAGCGUAGAGACAGUAAAGCAUCAACAACUUUGGCCAAAACUAUACCAAUGUCUGUUUCCGGAAAUCCGGGUGCUGCAGCAGGCAAAGAAGUGAAAAAGUCAAAAUUGGUUCGAAGUCAGUCUUUCAGUAGUCAAGCCUUGCACUCAAAAUAUGGAAACAUAGACAAGUGUCCCAGCAAAAGUUCUUCAACAGGAUAUACUUCAGUCUCAACAGUAGGAAAAGGUUCUAUGUUCUCCUUUUCAGACGAUUCCUUCCGUGCUCGCUCUAGCAACCCCAGUGGGACUGCUGCGUUCUCCUCUGCUUCCACCUUACCAUCUUCCUCUCGUAAUACAAGUAAUUCAGUUGAUCAGAAGAGCAAUGGGAGCAAAGAAAGCCAUUCGCGGAAGGUUAGCUUGAAAAACAGGAAGUCAAACUCCUAGAGCUGGUGAAAAAAAGGAUGCACACCAAAGACCACUGGAGGCAACGUGGGUGAAAGAUUGGCAGGAGUUGGAGUAAAAUCUUGAACAAUAAGGACCAGAGAGGAGAGACUGACUGCAUCUCACAAUGUUAACAUCUUCUGUCAGUUAAAUAAAUUCCUAUGUUGUAAAAUAUCUUCAUAGAAAUAAUGUAAUAUGUGCAGAAUUCCAAUGUUGUAAGUGAAGUGUUUAAUUCAAUGUUACUUUAGCAAUGUGCUUAAAAACUGCUGCAGCUAAAGAGACAGGGUUUUACCUCCCCUUCCUCCCUCUCAAUUAUGCCUUUUAAUAGUUCAGGUUCUUCAAAUUGGAAUACAAGUGCCCCCUACUUUAAAAUAUACUUAUUUAUGAGUGUAGGGCUCCUACUAUAUAUUUGCUAUGGAAAUAGGACCAUAUAGGUGAAAUUGCUCUGCAUAUAGGAUUAACCGACCAAGCAACAUCUUAUCUCUGGAAAAAAAAGCUUUAGUAUUGAACCUGGAAGCAUGGACAAAGAAAUAUUGAGUAGUCAUUUACAAUACAGUUGUGCUAUAAUUUUAAGUAAGAUUGCUUACCUGGUGUAUACAAAUUCUCAAGAGGGUUUUCUUUUCAACUUUUAAUAAGAACAAAUACCUCCAAAAAUGCAUACAAAUGAUUAUUCAUGAGUUUCAUAUCUCAGUUUCAUUGUAUAAAUACUUUGUUUUAACUUCUAGUAUUUCAGGUUGUAGUUUCUCUUUAUCCAACACUUUAGAAAUAAUGCAAUCUAGUUUUUAAUUAGUUGUUAUUUCAAGCUAUCAUGCUUUUAGCUAUGUCAACGGCAUUUUGUUUGUAUUCAUCCUAACAUUUCUAUCAAAAUUUGCCUGCAACAUGCAGUUCUAUUUAAAAAGUUCUAUUUAUGCCAAUACUUGAGAGAGACUGUAUGAAGCUAUUGUCAGCUUCUCUAUUUCAGAAAUGCAAUCAGCAAAACUAUAUUGAUAUCAGAAAUCUGUUUUUUAAAAUAUAUUGGUGUAUGAUAAAGAUAAUCUAAUUUGUGAAUGAAUAUGUGUGUGGUUACUUUUUACAAUGUGGAAUAAUGAAUGCUUUACGCACAAUAAAACGUAGGAUAUGAAA